CACACACCUACUGUGGAAGUGCGCGUUAGGACGUGGGUCGAGUCCAACUCGCGCGUGUCAUGUGUCUACGUGGUGCACGCAAACGCCUGUUGUGAAUGGCUUUGCAUCACUCCGGAGGCGUUUAUGAAUGAAGUGUUUUUCGUAUAAGGGAGAAACAAGGAAAGGUUUGGUGGCGAAGGACUGCUGAACCCGCGCGCACCGGAGCGCAUAGUUGCCUGGCGUCUCGGAUACUUUGUCAGUUUCUUUUCGGCCGUCAACUUGUCUCUGAGCAUCGUACCUUUCGCAAAGUAAUCUCAGGAACCUGCUGAAUCUCCUGAAAUGGAUAUGUCUAAACUAAUGCUGAUUUUAUUCAUCACCUGCUCGUUAGGACCUAUGCUGUCUGCCCAGAUGUGUGAGGUCAUGUGGGAGCUGGAAGCGGAGAAAAGAGAAUGUUUGUCCAAGCUGGAAAAUGUCACAUCAGGUUGCACAGGUGAAUGGGAUAUAGCAUGCUGGCCAUCAGCUAGGAUUGGGGAGUUGGUAACCAUCCCCUGUCCGAAUUACUUCAACCAUGUCAGUGAUCAGACAGGAAACAUAUCGAAGACUUGUACUCUCAACGGCUGGACAGAAAUAAAGCCAGUUGUCGCUGCAUAUAACUGUGGCUAUGACCCCAAUAACACAGAGGAUAGAAACAUGGGUGAAUUCCUGGGCUCUGUGAGAAUUGGAUACACUAUUGGUCACUCUGUGUCUCUUAUAUCCCUCAUCAUCGCCAUCAUCAUUCUGUGCCUUUUCAGAAAACUCCACUGCACAAGGAACUACAUCCAUAUUCACCUGUUCAUGUCCUUUAUACUGAAGGCUGUGGCUGUAAUGAUGAAGGAUGUAGUCCUGUAUGAGGUGGAGGAAGCUGAGGACUGCCACCAUGGAUUUGUGGGCUGCAAGGCUGCCUUGGUUUUCUUCCAGUAUGGCGUGAUGGCCAGUUUCUUCUGGUUGCUGGUGGAGGGUCUGUAUCUGCAUGCUCUCCUGGCCGUAUCCUUCUUCUCUGAGAGGAAGUACUUCUGGUGGUACAUUCUCAUUGGCUGGGGAGUUCCAGGUGUCUUCAUAACAAUCUGGAGCAUCACAAAAGCUUAUUUACAUGAUAUUGGAUGUUGGGAUUUUAUUGACGAUGAUCUGUGGUGGAUUAUAAAAACCCCUACAUUGAUAACAAUACUGAUGAACUUCAUUCUCUUUAUUUGUAUCAUCCGGAUACUUCGUCAGAAAAUCAGUUCCCGGGAUAUUGGGAGAAAUGAGUCACACCAGUACUCGAGACUGGCAAAAUCAACUCUGCUUUUGAUUCCCUUGUUUGGGAUAAACUACAUCAUUUUUGCCUUCAUGCCUCAUCACAUCAAGUCUUAUGUGCGUCUGGUGUUUGACUUGAUCCUGGGGUCCUUUCAGGGAUUUUGUGUCGCGGUCCUGUACUGUUUUCUAAAUGGAGAGGUCCAGUCUGAGAUCAAACGAAAGUGGAGGCGGUGGCACAUGCAGAGAUUUCUGGGAGCCGACACCAAAUACCAGCAGCCCUCGACGGCAAGCAACGGCCUCAACUUCAGCUCCCAAAUCACCAUGAUGACAAAAUGCAGCCCCUCCACACGCCGCGCUUCCUCCUGUCAAGAUGACUUCUCCUCCGUCUGAGCGCUGAGUGAUGCUCCGUCUUUGACAAGACACACAAACCAUUGAGUCUGUGCUCUGUCACCCGGACCACCUCAAUCAUCUGCAGGUUGCUGCUCUGCCAUCAUUCCUGUAGGAUCUGUGCAUCUCACCGCUCAGUAGGAACGUGAGGGAAACUGUGCAGCUCAUGGUGACCGUUUGGCCAUUCGUUCAUACACUUCGAGCAGGAGAGAAACAUGCAAGUAAAAUGGACUCUUUGACGUUUGAUUGUGUUUCACCAAACUACUGUGUCAAGCGGCGCUAGAUUUAUAAGGAUGCAAUAUUGACUCUGAGAAGACUCGUUUGAAUCAUUGCCCUGUUUUCGUGCACAGCAACACAGAAAUUAAUCUUCAGCUCUAGAGUUGGUAUCUGUCAGUUGUGUUUUUCUGUUUUCCCUGCCCUCAUUAUGCCGCUCAAGAUUUCUCAGUCUCUUAAUAAUCUGUAAAGCUGAACGGUGACCUUUUGGGUCUCUAGUGAGCAGGUUUUAUUUUUAUCUUCUUCCUUAUUCCAGGAAAAAAGUCUGACAUUCUGUUUUUGCAUCCUCCCUAUUCGUGUCAUGUGCUUGCGUGUCUGUGUACAUGUGGACAAACACAAACGUCUCUCAUCGAGAGCCAUAAAAGCAUGUUUGCUUGUGCAGCAGUAGUGCGUCAUGCUAUAUCUUUUAUAAUAGUGAUUUAUUGUGUAAUUGUAUACAUGUGAAAAUUGACAUUUGUUCUGUAACUGUGUUCUGUAUUUGCAAAAGAUGCAUUUUUAGGAGAUUGGUCUUUCUAAGGGUAUUUUUAGUCUGAAAUCUUUUUAGCUGUCAUAAGUGCAUGUGCAGAGUUAGUCAUAGUAGCUGCCAUGAAAAUGCUCCUAUGUUUGCAUGCACAGUUCUUUUGUACCUCAUUGUGAAUAAGAUGUACAUUUAAGAGAAAAUCAGUAUAGUCAGUAUAUGAGUGUUUAUUGCUGUUUUUGGAAAGUGCAUUGUGGAUGUUGUUAAGUAUACAGAUCAAUUUUAUUACAGUAGAUCUUUGAAUGUCUUUUCUCUUCAUAUAAAAGUAUGUAUAUGCUGGUCAGAGAAAAUAACAGAUUUUUAUAUUAAAUUAUGUAUUAUUUUUAUUUUAACAAGUCACUAUCACCAGUGUGCAAUUUUUUUUAUCACUAUAUUGUGUUUUAUUUACAUUUUUAAUUUUAACAGGUAACUGCCUUCUAAAUGUGUCCAUCCAUGCAUCCGUCUUUGUGUGUAUCUAUAUACACAUGGCUCUGUGUAAAAACCAAACACACUGUAUUAAUUCUUGCAUUAAUUCAAGCACAAUAGCAACUGCUUUGUUUUUUGUGUAUUGUGGAUUUCAGAUUUCUCAUGAGGUUUCAAAAUCAGAGACAUCACUGUUAGCAUGACAAUCAAAUCUUGAGCAAGAAUGAUGGAGUGGGUGAAAGCGCACCCAGUGGAGGGUGAAGCAGAUCUCAUUUUGUUUACCUCAUAUCUAAAACACAUCUGUCAUUUAUUUAUCUACCAAAUCCCUUGUUAAAUUAUUCUCGUAACUCUGCCUCUCUUCAUCCCUUUGUGUGUCUCUCCUUAUGUCAUUCUCAGUGUCUGAAUACCAGUGAGCGUGCUGAUGUCACAGCAGAACGCUGGUCAAGCGUGGUUUAAAAUUACAGCCAGAUCUCCAAUACAUAAACAAAAUUAUGUUUAUAAUUGUGAGCAGAUGAGCCAACAGGAGGCAGAGUCUCCUGACGAUUUCAUUGAAAUUAAUGAAAUGACUCCCACAGAGAGCUGGAAACUCAGCCUAGAAUCACACCAUAUUAACUAGCAAGAUAUAAAAAUUAAUUCAAUAAGCAUGCAACCCAUUCUUAUGUCCAAAAGCCUCAUUUAUUUCACAUCUGGAAAUUAUUUUCAAAGACUAUAUUAUAAUUAAAUUCCCAUAAAUCAUUAUUACAACC